AUGGACGAGCCGCCCUUCGCGGCCCUGGAGCGGGCGCUGGCCGAGCCCUGCGAGCUGGACGCCGCGCUGCUGACGGACAUCGAAGACAUGCUUCAGCUCCUCAGCAACCAGGAUGCCGACUUCCCCGGCCUGUUCGACCCGCCCUACGCGGGGGCCGGAGCGGCAGACCCCGCGCGCCCCGACACCGGCUCUCCGGGCAGCUCGUCCCCGCCGCAUGCCACCAUGAGCUCCCCACUCGAAGGCUUUCUGGGGGGGCCCCAGGCGGUGCCCCCACUGCUGCCCCCUCCCCAGCCUGCUCCCACACUGAAGAUGUACCCGUCCGGGCCCGCCUUCUCCCCCGGGCCUGGCAUCAAGGAGGAGCCGGUGCCGCUGACCAUCCUGCAGCCCCCCGCCCCACAGCCCCUGCCAGGGGCCCUCGAGCCCCAGAGCUUCCCGGCCUCGGCCCCGCAGCUCAGCUCGGGCCCGGGGCCCGGCUUCCCCACAGGGGCCCCUCCAGGGAGCACCCCGCAGCCACAGCCUGGCCCCCCAGGGGCCCCGCCGGUCUCCUUGCACACCCAGGUUCAGGGUGCAGCCCCCCAGCCACUGCUGACAGCCACAGCCCCCGGCACAGCGGCCCCCGGAGCUGCCUCCGUGGCCUCCCAGAUCCAGCAGGUCCCGGUCCUGCUGCAACCCCACUUCAUCAAGGCCGACUCGCUGCUGCUGACGACCGUGAAGGCCGACCUGGGCCCCCCCGGGAAGGCCGCGGGCAGCGGCUCCCUGGCCGCGGGCACCGCGGUGCAGACCGGGCCCUUGCAGACCCUAGUGAGUGGCGGGGCCAUCCUGGCGACGGUGCCGCUGGUCGUGGACGCCGACAAGCUGCCCAUCAGUCGGCUGGUGGCCAGCGGAAAGGCCCCGGGCGCGGCCCAGAGCCGCGGAGAGAAGCGGACGGCCCACAACGCCAUUGAGAAGCGCUACCGCUCCUCCAUCAACGACAAGAUCAUCGAGCUCAAGGACCUGGUGGUGGGCGCCGAGGCGAAGCUAAACAAGUCGGCCGUCCUGCGCAAGGCCAUCGACUACAUCCGCUUCCUGCAGCAGAGCAACCAGAGGCUCAAGCAGGAAAACUCCAGUCUGCGCGCUGCUGCGCAUAAGAGCAAGCCUCUGAGGGACCCGGUGCCGGCCUGUGGCGGGAGAGGAGACGCCGCCGUGCCCAUGGAGGGCAUAAAGCCCGAGGUGGACACGCUGAGCCCCCCGCCCUCGGACGCGGGCUCGCCCUCCCGGAGCAGCCCGCUGUCCCUCGGAGGCAAGGGCGGCGGCAGCGGCAGCGACUCGGAGCCCGACAGCCCCGUCUUCGAGGACAGCCAGGCGAAGCCGCCGCCCGCCCACAGCCGGGGCCUGCUGGACCGCUCCCGCCUGGCCCUGUGCACGCUCCUCUUCCUCUGUCUCUCCUACAACCCCCUGGCCUCCCUGCUGGGCAGCGGGGCUCUCCCCGGCCCCACAGGCGCCUCCGGCACCCACCCGGGCUCUGGGCGCAGCGUGCUGGGCACCGAGGACGGAGAGGGCGCCGGCUGGGCGCCGCGGCUGCUGCCCCCGCUGGUCUGGCUGACGAACGGGCUGCUGGUGCUGGGCUCGCUGGCGCUGCUCUUCGUCUACGGAGAGCCGGUCACGCGGCCCCACUCGGGCCCCGCCGUGCACUUCUGGAGGCACCGCAAGCAGGCUGACCUGGACCUGGCCAGGGGGGACUGCGCCCAGGCCGCCCAGCAGCUGCAGCUGGCCCUCCGGGCGCUGGGCCGGCCCCUGCCCACCUGCCCCCUGGACCUGGCCUGCAGCCUGCUCUGGAACCUCCUCCGCCACCUGCUGCAGCGGCUCUGGCUAGGCCGCUGGCUGGCAGGCCGGGCGGGCGGUCUGCACAGGGACGGUGCUUUGCAGGCAGAUGCCCGCGCCAGCGCCCGCGACGCAGCCCUGGUCUACCACCGGCUGCACCAGCUCCACGCCACGGGGAAGUACCCCGGCGGGCGCCUCACUGCUGCCAACCUGGCGCUCAGCGCCCUGAACCUGGCGGAGUGCGCGGGGGACGCCGUGCCCGCGGCCACGCUGGCGGACGUCUAUGUGGCUGCUGCCCUGACCGUCAAGACCCACCUCCCACGGGCCUCGCACUUUCUGACACGCUUCUUCCUGAGCAGUGCCCGCCAGGCCUGCCUGGCACAGGGCGGCUCAGUGCCCGGUGCCAUGCAGUGGCUCUGCCACCCAGUGGGUCACCGCUUCUUCAUGGAUGGAGACUGGGCCCUGUGCAGCCCCCCGAGGGAGAGCCUGUAUAGCUCGGUGGGGAACCCAGUGGACCCCCUGGCGCAGGUGGCCCAGCUGUUCCGAGAGCACCUCCUGGAGCAAGCCCUGCGCUGUGUGACCCAGCCCAGCCCCAGCCCUGCGUCAGCGGACGGGGACAGGGAGUUCUCGGAGGCCCUGGGCUACCUCCAGCUGCUGCACAGCUGCUCCGACGCGGCCGCGGCCCCAGCCCCGGCCUGCAGCCUCUCCGUGGGCUCCGGCGUGGCCGCCACCCCCGGCGCAGACCCCGUGGCCCAGUGGUGGGCCUCGCUGACGGCCGUGGUGACGCACUGGCUGCGGCGGGACGAGGAGGCGGCGGCGCGGCUGUACCCGCUGGUGGAGCGCCCGCCCCGCGCCCUGCAGGAGUCCGAGAGACCCCUGCCCAGGGCAGCUCUGCUCUCCUUCAAGGCGGCUCGGGCCCUGCUGGGCUGCAGGAAGGCCGACUCCAGCCCGGCCGGCCUGGCCAUCUGUGAGAAGGCCAGCGAGUGCCUGCAGGACAGCCUGGCCACCACCGCAGCCGGCAGCUCCAUGGACAAGGCCAUGCAGCUGCUCCUGUGCGACCUGCUCCUCGGGGCCCGCACCAGCCUGUGGCUGAGGCAGCAGCCUGCCGCGCAGGGGCCGGGCGGCGCCCCGGCCUCGGCCCUCGAGCUGCGCGGCUUCCAGCGGGACCUGAGCGGCCUGCGGCGCCUGGCGCAGAGCUUCCAGCCCGCCAUGCGCAGGGUGUUCCUGCACGAGGCCACGGCCCGGCUAAUGGCGGGGGCCAGCCCCACACGGACCCAGCAGCUCCUGGACCGCAGCCUGAGGAAAAGGGCGGGCGCCUGUGGCAAAGGCGGCGCGGCCGAGGCGGAGCUGCGCCCCCGGCGGGAGCACGCCGAGGCCCUGCUGCUGGCCUCCUGCUGCCUGCCGCCCUGCCUGCUGGCGGUGCCCGGGCAGCGCGUGGGCAUGCUGGCCGAGGCGGAGCGCAUGCUGGAGAAGCUCGGGGACCGCCGGCUGCUGCACGACUGCCAGCAGAUGCUCCUGCGCCUGGGCGGCGGCACCACCGUCACCUCCGGCUAG